AUGGCCUACUCACCACCUACCCCAGCACAGAAUGCUGCCGCUCUGGAACACUUCAUCUUCCUGCCUGUGUCGACAGACAUGAUCAGCUUCCUCGCUCACAAGGCUGCUCAAGUCAUCCGAUGCGAAGGUCAGCAACCACUUAACAAGAACCUGCCACCGACGCCCCCAACAACACCACCCCAACAGUCGGCAUUUGAGCCUGCACUGCCUUCCAUUGAGGCCUUCAUCACGACACUGGUUGAGCGAUCACACGUGCAGGUGCCCACUCUUAUGACUACUCUUGUCUACCUCAGCAGACUACAAGAGCGUUUGCCUCCAGUUGCCAAGGGCAUGAAGUGCACUGCACACCGCAUCUUUCUGGCAGCACUCAUUCUUUCAGCCAAGAACCUUAACGACUCUUCGCCCAAGAACAAGCAUUGGGCACGUUAUACCGCUGUCCGCGGCUACGAAAACUUUGGAUUCAGUCUUACCGAAGUCAACCUCAUGGAGAAGCAACUCCUGAGCUUGCUUGACUGGGAGCUUCGCGUCACUGAAGAUGACCUUUACUACCACUUUGAGCCAUUCCUUGGCCCGAUCAGAUCAUGGCAGCAACGCCAAGCAGAGAAGCAGAGAAUGCGUGAAGAGAUGGCUGCCAUGGAGCAGCGACAACGCGCUUUUGCUGCCGAGCAACAACGUCGUGCAGCGAUGGAGGCUCCCAGAUACUACGAAUCUCCUCGGUCUAUGGGACAAUACACCUACCAGCAACCGAUGUACUACGCCAACUCUUCCACAUCCUCAUCGCGAGCGCCGUCGAGAACACCAUCGCUGUCACCUCCAACCCGAAGCCGAUCAGCAGCAUCAACAUCGUCUGCAGAAUCGUUUGCAACUUCGUCGUCGCCGGCCAGCGUCUACUCUUCCAACGUCGAGCCCAUCUACGAAGAGCCAGCACACAUACAGCAUUAUGCAAGCCACAAUGUGCCUUGCGUUUUCAACGUGCCACGAGUGCUACAAAAAGCGCCGCUGCACGCUCAUGGCCUGCCACUCGAGCACACCGACCAACAGCCAGCAAAGAAGCAGAAGACCAACAUCUUCAGCCGCUUCUUGCCCACGACGCUUAGCCGACCUGCACCACCCCCGAUCCAGGUCACCGGCUACUAG